AUGUCGGACGACGAAGCAGACCCCGAGUUGAUUGCGCUUCUGCGCAAGACACUGGGACUGGGAGGCUCUUCUGAUCCUCGAACCGCAGAGACAAAAGUGCUGGAAAAUGCGCAAUACGCUUUCGACAAUGCUAUCGACGUCGCAUUAAACCCCUCCAAGACGAAAGAAGCCGCGGAGACGAUAUGGAACCUGAUGCAGAAGAAAGAAUACUCGACGCAAACAUGGUCGGAGCACGAAUUACACCCUAAAGCGAAAGACGAAAACACCGUCGACUUCAUUUUCACCAUGGAUCUCCUCAACUUCAGUUUCUGGUCGGAGCUCCCUAGCGAGAAGCGCUUCGCGAUUGAGUACCGAGGCAGGAAGUGGACAGGCUACUGGAGCUUGGUUGCUGCCUUGCAGAGAGCUUUGGAUGAGGACAUUCCGAUCACCACGCCGGAGUUUUGGACCAAGGAAGAUGAAUGUACUGAGGAACUUAUCAAGCAUGUCUUCCGCUCUGCCACCGAUGAAGAGAUUCCUUUGCUCCAGGAACGUCUACAGUGCCUGCGAGAGGCAGGUCGAGUUCUUUGCAGAGAAUAUGAAGGUAGUUUUGUCAACUGCAUCUACAACUCCAACUACUCUGCUGCUUCGCUAGUCAAUUUGCUAGCAGAGAGCUUCUCCUGCUUCCGGGACGAGACAACCUUCCACGGGCGGAGAGUGCGAAUCUACAAACGGGCUCAGAUCUUGGUUGCGGACCUUUGGGCUUGCUUUAAUGGUGAGGGGUAUGGAGAGUUUAACGAUAUUGAUAAAAUCACCAUGUUUGCAGACUAUCGAAUCCCGCAGAUGCUUCACCAACUCGGCUGUAUGUCAUACUCGCCGCCUCUGGAAAGCCACAUACGCAGGUUGCAGCCGAUCCCUAGCGGGUCCAACUGGGAGAUUGAGCUUCGAGCAACCAGUAUCUGGUGUGUCGAAUUGAUAAGAAGGGAAAUCGAACGCCGACACCCAGAAACCAGGGUGAACCCGACGGUGAAGCUCAACAAAGACAAGGAGGCAGAAGAAGACGAAGACGCCGAAGAUCACCAGCAGAAAUGCUCAACCCAGAAAUUUGUCAAGAAGGAGCCCGUCCAAAAACCCGCUGGAAUGGGCGUGAACGCUAUCUUGAUAGAUUUCUUCCUCUACGACACCAUGAAAGAAAUAGAGAAGACCGGACAGGAGUCCAUCCCGCAUCAUCGGACAAGGAGUAUCUGGUAUUAG